AUGAGUAAGUCUGGUAAUGCAUAUAUAGAGGGCAUAGAUACCGUCAAGAGUUUUGCCAAGUCGCGCAAGAGCCGUUUGAAGUUUAUUAAGGCUUUGUUAAGCGGUCAAUUUAACUCUUCAGCCACAUUGUCAAGUUGGCGUCACUUUCUUAUGAGCCACAAAGCAAACUCCUCCAUUUUUUGGUCUAUUUAUAUAAAUGUAAUUUUACCAAGCUGCGCCCGAGCUUCAGCUUAGAAUUCUUUUUUAGCCCAAAAAAGUGCGAAAAACAAUUUUUGAGACUCGGACAUGAGGCAGGGUUUUUCUCUGUCUUUCUGGUUGACACAAAUAAACACAAUAUUUCCAAGCUGCGCCCGAGCUUCAACUUAGAAUUCGUUUUUAGCCCAAAAAAUUCUAAAAAUAAUUUUUGACACUCAGACAAAAUGCAGGGGCUUCCUUUGUCUUUCUGGUGGAAACAAAUAAAAAUAAUUUUUCCAAGCUGCGCCCGAGCUUUCGAUUAGAAUUUAACUUUAUAUGGGCCACUGAAAAAUAACUCUUUUCAAACAUUCUUCUUCCUUCUUUCUUACCCCUCAAUUUUCAGGCGAAGAAUCAGAAAAGUCCGACCAAGUUUCAGUGUGCAUUGUCCAAAAGAUAGUCUCCUAUGAGGAUCGCCGCCGAUUUAUCCUCAAAACCACAGGCACGGUCUUGAUCAUGGUAAUUCCAAGCUCUUUUCAAGAUAAAAUUCAACCCCUUUUCAGCUGGGAAUCACCGUCCUCCUGAUCCUUCUCCCGUUUAUGAUACCCUCUUUGCGCGAGGCCAUUCACAAAGUCGACAAUAGCCUGGUCUGGGUCCUGUUUCUGUUCCAUUUUGUGGUGUCGAACGUCAUCAGCUGCUGUUGCUUUCGAUGCUUGUUCAUGUCACCGUUGAAUUAUUUUCUGCUGACCGGAUAUGUGGGUUUUAAAAGUUAAAAUUUUGAUUUUUUUGAAAUUUCAAAAAAACGUUUUUGGAAGGCCCGAAAAUUUUUUCUAGGCAGUUUUAUCCGGACUCGUUCUUAUGGUCCUCUGCACCUACUACAGUAUCUAUGCGGUGAUUUUGGCGAUGACAGCGACCAUUGUUUGUGUUUUGGCGACCAUCGUCUUUGCCGGCGUCUGCAAGAAGGAUUUGACAAGGUACGAAAACAAAUUUUUGCUGACAAUGGGCCGAAGAUUCAAUUUUUUGAAGCGUGAUUUGGCCCGGUUUUAACUAACAAGGGAAGUACCCCAAGUGCGACGCUCAGAUUUUGAUGAAACUUGGCACAAAUUUAGAACAAUUUUUUCUAAAAUACAUACGAAAAUCCUAGCUCGCGCUAUGCAGAAACAACCGAGAUUUUUAGAUCGAAAGUCAGCGAAAAUUUGACAAUUUUUUUCCGAACUUGGGCAUGAAAAGUUUCACACCUAUUUGUACCGUAAAGAGUAAUGUUUCCACAAAAAAUCAUUUUUUUCCGCGCGAGGCUGGCGAAGUUAUGAUCAAAAAGUGUUUUUCUCUUUGACCACUCUCCACGUUUAGUGUGUUCCCUCGGUGGCAAAGAGUAUCUCGGCGACGCUUGCAAAGCGCGAGCUAAAACUUUCAGGAAUUGAUAUUUAGUCCAUACCCGACGUGUGUUCAAAAUUUAAAGAAAAUCUGAGUGUCGCACUUGGGGUACUUCCCUUGUAAAUACAGGCCGUUGUCCCAACGUUCAUUUGGGCAACAAGACUCGGCCUAAGCCUCCAUUCAUUCCAUACCAUACGUGAGAUAUAAAUUACAUUUUUGAAUUUUCAGCUUAUGGUUCGUCGCAUGCGUAAUUGGACUUUCGUUGACAAUCAUCAUGUUGGGAGCAAUCAUCAUCUCGUUCUACGUGGAUUCCACGGCAUUAUAUGUAGGCGACAUACAAAAUUUUUCCAAAAAUUGCUUUUUUUUAUACAUAUGUAUAUGCCUUUAUAUGCCUUAUCAGGCCAACAGGGAAAACUUGAUCCGAACCGCUCAGAUUUGAACAAAAUUUGGCGUGAUUUAGAGUAACCUUUUUCAGAGGUAUACAAUGUUUUUAGGAACAACAGAGAUUUUUUGGUCGAAAUUUGACGAAAAUUUUAUGUUUUGUUUUGAGAUCCUUGGCAUGAAGAACUUUCUGCCUUAUUUUCAUAUACAAGAGGUAAAGUUUCAGCAAAAAAAUCAGAAAUUUCCGCGCGAAGUCCGCCCAGAAAUGGCCUAAAAACGGUUUUCUCUAAGCGCUCUCCGCAUUUCGCAUACUCUCUCGUCUGCAAAAAUUGCUGAAUCUUUUGGCUUCCUCUGCCAAAUUCGAGAUAAAGUUUUUUUAAAUUGAAGUAUGGCCUAGGCGUGUAAAAAAUUUACUGAAAAUUCCUCCACCCCUUACCUUAUAGCAACAAGUCAUAAUUUUACUCUUUAAUUUCAGUGGAUCAGCAUGGUCCUCUCGUUCUUCCUGGUCCUCUACUUUAUGUUCACGCUGACGAUGAAGAUUCAAUCCGUCAUUGGCGGCACUAACCGGCAGAUUGUGUUCGACGAACACGCGCAUGGAGUGGCCGCCUUCUCCAUCUAUCUGGAUGUCUUCGGAUUGUUCGUCAACUUGCUCAAUCUUACUAAUCUUGCUAGAUGA